AAGAUGCAACCAGGCGACAGCAGCUCUCGCCCCUUCAAGCAGAGGAAAAGCCUCGCCACCAGGAUGCAUGAGGUGACGGAGAUCCGGAUCAAAUAUCCCAACAAGAUCCCGGUGGUUGUGGAACGCUACCAGAAGGAGAAGACCUUGCCGCCCUUGAACAGGACCAAAUUUCUGGUGUCCCAGGACCUGCCCCUCUCCCAGUUCGCUGUCACCCUGCGGACGCGGCUCUGCCUGGCCUCCUCCCAGACCUUCUACCUGCUGGUGAACAACAAAGGCUUGCCGAACAUGGCCGUCACCAUGCAGGAGCUGUACCGUGACAACAAGGAUGAGGAUGGCUUUCUCUACUUGACCUACGCUUCCCAGGAGAUGCUCGGCAGCUCUUCCUCCAGCGCGCCCACG